AUGUCGUGGCGUACAGCAAACAUGUAUAUCCCACGCGGGAUUUGCGAGCUCAAUCCCAACUACGAGCACCCUCAGUUGGUCAUGGUCAAUGAAGCAGAUGCCAUCGGAAACUCUCUCCACCUUCUCUUCUAUUUUACAAUGCGGGGAAGUAACCUCUUCAGCGGGAAGAAGCCGACACAAGGUUGGCCAGUGGAGGACGACGAACGUGAUCUCUUCGCCAGACCCUACGCAGAAUGGGCGCCACCGCCGUAUAACAACGUCGACAGGCACGUCGGCGCCGCGUACCGGGCCAUGCUCGCUGUCGGCGGCAUGACGGGCAUCGCAGCCGGGCUAAUCACCGUGAACACCGAGUGUGACCGUGACCUGCACCAUCUGAACACCCGGAUGCUGCAUGGUAUUCCGCCCAUGUCGCUCACUCGAUGGCGCCAAAAAGGUCUGCAUGAGCCCGCAAACGUCAAGCGUGCGUGUCAGCAUCUGAGCCAGGUCAUAGACGCGUUUGAGUAUCUCAACAUGGACCGCAACCAAAAACGCAUGCGGGAUGCCUGCACAGGCAUAUGGGAGGCAUGCUACGACUUUCAAGUUGCUCUAAACGCGUACCGCGCGAUACGGGGUAGGGACUCCGUAUCGGUGACGGCGAUGUGGGAGGAGUACAUGGUGGACUACUUUCAAAUGGUGACAGCCAACGUUCACGAAUGGGUACUGGCGCGGGUGGACGAGCUUAGGGAGACGCAGUUUCAGCGGCUGAGGGCCACGCCCAUAGGGAGCUAUGUUACUCCCGAGCAAAUGGAGAUCUUGGACAGGGUACACGAUCUCACUGAAAUAACAAACAAGGCCGAUACCAUCAUCAUGUUUCCGCUGCUCCGGUACCCUCUCCAGGAGCUCAAGGAGGCCGCCCCAAGGAUACAAGAAGACUGGAGUGGGUACACUGGAACAAAACCGAUGACAAGUUACCCGAUGGACGUGCAUCGGCGCUCGAAAAUCUAUGCUGCUCGGUGCAAGUACCUCAGUUUUGUGGAAAUGACUGGCCAUGUUGUUGCAAACAUCCGUAAUGAUCGAUUAGCUGAUGGAGAUCCGGAGAGACUGGAAGGAGAUGCUCGGGUGCAGAUUCGUGCGUAUAAAGUGGCGAGGAGGGAACUGCGCGGUGCGCCACCGGAUUUUGGAGAUGAGCCCUGGGUCACACGAAUUAAGAACCAUAUGCUGGUGGCGGAAAAGCCUGUACAGGCAUGGGGAUUCAUCGCUUAUCGGAUUUGCUACGAGCACUCCGAUGAGGAGUGGGGGAAAUUCCUGGAAAGAUUUCAGCACAACGUAACGGCUUGGGGAGAGGGGAUUCGUGGCGUCGAGGACGUGAAGCCUCUUUGCAAAGUGCGAUGGCUGGAUGGGCGAGAGUGCGGUAUUCCUGAAGGAGACAUCGAAGCGGCGCAACAACACUAUGCGAAAUACGAAAAGUCUGCCGCCUGUGAUAACUUUUACGUGGCGGAAAAGUAUGUCUUCCUGGCCGCCGAUAAAGCUUCAAUCGAGUCGUAUUUGAACCCAGUUCAAGACAAUGCGGCCUCAAUCUUCCCUCAGGGCGACAUUGGGAGCUUCAUUCUGGCCGUUACAGCGGCUGAGUUUCGUGGCAACGAGCAGACGCCUGUAGGUCAACGCAUGAGUACGCGACAUGCUCAAGCUGGGUGGGACAGUACCCUUAGGGUCCUUGGCUCGGUUUUGUUCGACGAUUUAUGGGCAUUGCUUUGCUAUCAGAUUAGGUUUUCAGAUAUCGCUAGGUUGGGUAAGGUGCACCCCCUACAGGUGUACGUUGGACCUAGCGUGCCUAUUGAGAGAGAUGGCUGGCUUAAGUCGGGGUCACUAGCCUUGACGGUAUUGAGGUCAUUCGAGAAAUGGCGGAGUAUCUGA